AUGAAUAACCUUGAGAGAAUAAAGCAGAGAUUGGAAGAAUCUGUAGAAAAACACAAGAAACGAUUAUUAAUAACAAGAGAAAAGAAGAAACAAAAUAAUUCUGUUAUAUAUGUUAAUAAUAAAAAUGUAAACAAAGGAAGGAGUAAGAUAAUAUUAAAUGAUGACAAGAGUAUAUGUGCUGAUAAUAAAAUACGGACAGAUACUUAUGCUUCUAUAAAUAAAAAUGAACUAAUUGAAAAUUUAAGAAAUACAAAAUUGUUAUUAAUAAAAAAAAGAAGAAGUUUAAAUAAUAUGAAAAAGGAAAAUAAUAUUGUAAAUAAGUAUGAUACAAAAAAUGAAUUAAAAACUAAAAACUGUUUAAUUAAAGAAAAAAAUUGUUUUUUAAAAAAUAAAAAUAUUCAAUUAAAAAAAAAUACACCAUCCAUAAUUAAUAAUAAAAAGGGUAUGGUGAAAUAUUUAAAUAAAAUAGUCAAUCCAGCAAAUCAAAGUUAUAGUAUAGAAGAUAAAAUUAGGGGUCGUGUUAAUAUCUCUCAUAUAAAAGAAAAAGAAAAGACGUUAAAAGGUGAAGAAGAUAAGGGAAACAAAACAAGUUAUAAUAAUAAUAAUAAUAAUAAUGUAAAUAUAUAUGAUGAUGAUAAUAAUAAUAAUGUAAAUAUAUAUGAUGAUAAUAAUAAUAAUGUAAAUAUAUAUGAUGAUGAUAAUAAUAAUAAUGUAAAUAUAUAUGAUGAUAAUAAUAAUGUAAAAAUAUCUGACAAUAAUAAUAAUGUUAAUACUUUUCAAAAUGUAUCAAAGGAUGUCAGAGAUAAUAUAAAUGAUUUAUUUCGAAAUUUUAUUAAUUGUAAAAUUAAUAAUUUGUAUGUUAUAACUACAGAUACAAAUAAAAUACCUAAUAAUAAAAUAUUUCUUUCCGAAGCACAACAAAAAUUUUUAGAAGUAAAAAACAAACAAGACAAUAACGAAUAUGAGGUAAAGGAUGAACAUUCAGAUGAUGAUAAUCGUAGUAAUUAUCAUAACGUGAAAGAUGAUCCUUAUGUUAUGAAAAAAAAAAGACAAGAGGAUAAGGUUAAAGAAUCGAUGAGUAGAAAUUAUAUGGAUAACAUCAUAUAUGUAGGUAAACAUGAAAGGGUGUCUAGCAACAUGAUCAUCAAAAGGAAUAAUAAUAAUUAUGGUGAUAAUAAUAAUUAUGGUGAUAAUAAUAAUUAUGGUGAUAGUAAUAAUUACGAUAAUAAUAAUAAUUAUGGUGAUAAUAAUAAUUAUGGUGAUAGUAAUAAUUACGAUAAUAAUAAUUAUGAUGAUAAUAAUUAUAAUAAUAAUAAUAAUUAUGAUGAUAAUAAUUAUAAUAAUAAUAGUAAGUCCAGUAUUCAUAAUAAUAGUAUAUAUGAAACAUAUGAAAAGAAUUUAAAAAAACUGUUAGAAAUAGAAUAUAAAAUGAAAAAAAAAAUAGAAAGUUUUGAAAAAAAUAAAGAUGAUAAUAAUAUUAUGUCUACAAAAUCAUCAGCUUCUUCAUAUCCUUAUGGCGAUAAUAUCACGUUAUAUUCGCACAUUUGUUCCAAUAUAGAACCUGUAAAGAACGAAAUUCAAUUUGAUCAAAGUAAUAUUGAUAUACCGAUGGAUGUUAAAAAUUAUAUUAUCCAAAGAAUAACUUCAAGUACAAAAUUAAAGAGUAAUGUUACGAAUGAAGAGGGUUUAUACAAAGCACACAUAAAUAAUGAUAAUAGUAAUAAUAACAUAACUUAUCGUCAUAACAAUAAUUUUUCUACUCAUGAUGAAGAUUGUGAAUUAUAUUGUAUACAAAAAAGUAUAUACUCCAAAGACAUCAAUAAUAUUCGUCAUACCAAUGUUAGUAAUAAACAUACUUGUUCAGAAAACAAGAAAUGUAUAGAAAAGGAAAAAAUAUAUACUUAUUAUGAUAAGAAGAAUUGCCUUUCUUCUUCUGAUGUGGAAAAUAAAAUAUUACGAAAAAUAAAGAACUAUGAUGAUUAUAAAGAUAUGAAUAAGAAAGAUAAUAUAAUACAGAAUGAACUAAGAAAAAAAAAAAAAAAAAAACACACACACAUAGAUUUAAAUAAUUAUUCUUAUGAACAAAAUGGAGAUAGAGAAUUGGUUACCAUGAAGAGUAACCAAGAGAAUUAUUCUAGUAAUUAUUGUUACAAUUAUUGCUAUGAGAAAAAAGAAAACAUAAACAAAAGGAAAAAAAAAAAAAAAAAAAAGAAGAAAAUAAAAAAUGAAAAUAAUAAAAAAAAAAAUAAUAAUAAUAGUAAUAAUAAUAAUAGUAGUAAUAAUAAUAAUAAUAGUAAUAAUAAUAAUAGUAGUAAUAAUAAUAAUAGUAGUAAUAAUAAUAAUAGUAGUAAUAAUAAUAAUAGUAGUAAUAAUAAUAAUAGUAGUAAUAAUAAUAAUAGUAGUAAUAAUAAUAAUAGUAGUAAUAAUAGUAAUAAUAGUAGUAAUAAUAGUAAUAAUAGUAGUAAUAAUAUUCAUGGGGAUAAUAUAAAUCCAAACCAAAAUAAUCAUGUAAGAAGUAACAUAUCCUUGAGUAAUUCAAAAGAUCAUAAUAGCAUCUAUUAUUCUUCAUACGUAGAAGACCAAUAUGUAUCAUCAUGUAAUAAAGAUGAUGAAAAUAUUUAUAAUUACAAUAGUUCUGAUCAUAAUAUAUUAUAUAGAUUUAAAAAAUCUGAAAAUAAUAUUUGUUAUGAUCAUCAUAUUAAAAUAUACAAUAAAGAAACAAAUGAAACGUCUUCUUGUUUAAAAGAUUUAAAUAAAUGGUCGUUCUUAUCCAACAAAAUAUAUUCUUCAAAUAUACAUAAAGAAAAUAUAAAAUCUUUUAUAAGAAAUGAAACAUAUGAGGAUAAAAGGAUAAAGAAAAAAAAUUCUUUAGAAAAUAAAAUUGAAAAUGGUGAAGAACAAAAGAUGUGUUAUUAUUUAAAAGAAAAAAAUAACAAUUGUUAUGAGAAAUUCUUACAACAUUCAAACGAUAUAAUAAUAGAAGGGGGGGGGAAAAAAAAAAAAAAAAAAAAAAAAUUGCAGUCUAAUGAAUAUAUUAUUAUUAAACAUUCUAAAAGUAAUAAGAAUACCAUAUUAUUAAAAAAGGAUAAAAAAAUAAAAGAGAAUUAUAAUAUUAAUUCAUAUAAAUAUAAUCAACAAAAUGAUGAUAUGUAUCAACAGAUACAAAGUUCGUCAAGUAUGAAAAGGGAAACGGAAUGUUUAUUAAAUAAUAAAAUAAAGGAUUGUCCUAUGUUAUAUAAAGAUAAUAAUAUCCAUCAUAUGGAACACUGUUACAUUUGUUCUUAUCCUAUACAAAACAAUGAACAAAAAUUUAUUUUAAAUAAAGCAGAAGAAAAAAAGGGAAAAGGAAAUAUGGAUACAACAUAUAAAAAUUAUGAUAAUUAUUAUAAUGCUAAUCCUUCCAAUAAUUCUCAGUAUCACGUAACGAUGAAGAGUCAUUUAAUUAGUUCCUCACAUAGUAAAAUAAAUAAGGAAAAAGAAAAAUCGUACCUUUUAACCUGUACAAAUAAAAGGAAGGACUUGGAAAGUUAUAUGUCUAGCCACACGGUCUGUUCAAAAAAAAACAUACAAAAUGUUGGAGAAAAAUAUAAAAAUGGUAAUAAUGAUGAUGUACGUAAGGAUGAUGUACAUAAGGAUGAUAUAUAUAAGGACGAUGUACAUAAUGAUGAUGUACGUAAGGAUGAUGUACAUAAGGAUGAUAUUCAGUGUGAUAAUAAUAUUUAUAACCAUUGUCAUGAUUUAGUAACAUACAAUCCUACAUAUGAGAGCGAAAAAGUAACUCCAUAUUUAUCUGAGAAACACAAAGUAAUAUAUAAAAAUAUUUAUAGUAACCAAAUAAAUAUUCUUAACAAUGAAAGGAAUCAUAGUGAGGAUGAAACAUAUAUAUAUAUAAAAAAAGAAAACAUACCCUUCAAGAAAGAAAAAGAAAAAAAAGAUAUUUUUAGUUAUAUAAAAGGUAUGUAUUUAUCCCCUCCCCCUCAAAAAAAAAAAAAAAAAGAAAAAAAAAAAUCUUCUAUUUUGGAAAAUGAGGAAUUUACAAAUGAAGAAAGCUCUUUUGAUAUUCAAUCAAAUAAUAUCAAUAGUCAUUUUAUAAAAAAUAAAAAUAUAUUAAAUAUAAAGAACCAAACUAAUGAUUUAGAGAAUGUAAAAUGUUAUCAUCAUAUAAAAAAACAGAAUAAUAGUAAAUAUCAGUCUUCUUACUUUUGUUCUCCUGCUCCAUCCAAUUCAAUACUUAGAAAUAACACAGAAUCGUAUUUUUUAAAAAAUCAUAAACAAAAUGAUCAAAAGGUAAAAGAAGAUGGACAAACAAUAAAAAAUCAAACAACAAAUAAUAAUGCGCAAAAGAAAAGAAAUAAAAAUUAUGUAAAAACAAAUAGUAUACUUUUAAAAAAAAUACUCAAAAUGAAAAUUGAAUCUAUGAAAAAGGAAAAGGAAGAUAUAAAAGAGAAAAACCAUCUUAAUUAUAAUAACAAUGAAAAAAAAAAUCAAGAUGAUAAUAAUAAUAAUAAUAAUAAUAUGCAAGUUAUAGAUUAUCAUCAUGAUAAAAUUAACUAUGAUAAAAAUAGCAACAAAAUAGAUAUGAUCUCGACAAAAGAUAAAACUAUAAUCACUCCAAUAAAUGAUAACAAACAAAUACAUGAAAAGGGAUAUAAUAAUGAUAUAUGCCCAAAGGAUAAUAUAAAAAAAGGAUAUAAUGAUGAUACAUGCCCAAAGGAUAAUAUAAAAAAAGGAUAUAAUAAUGAUAUAUGCCCAAAGGAUAAUAUAAAAAAAGGAUGUAAUAAUGAUAUAUGUCCAAAGGAUAAUAUAAAAAAAGGAUGUACUAAUGAUACAUGCCCAAAGGAUAAUAUAAAAAAAGAAUAUAAUAAUGAUACAUGCCCAAAGGAUAACAUUUCCAAUAUUAACAAAGAAUAUUCAAGUAUAUAUACACAUAGUCAUAUGAAUAAGGAAUCAUUAAAAUAUAAUAAUAUAUCUUUUUAUCAAAAUAAAGAAUCACAUGAUUUCAUAUCUCCAAAUGAUCAUUAUAUUUAUAAACAUGAGGAAAAAAGAACCAAUGGAAAUAAAGAAAAUAACAUAAAUAAUUAUAAUAAUAUAUGUAAUAGUAAUAAUAUCGACUUGAAGGAUAAUAUAUCCCCUUCAUAUCAUACGAAUAACAAAAUAAAAGAUGUAGUAAAAUUUAAUCAAUCAUAUUAUUGCUAUUUUAAAAAUGUUCAAAAAAAUGAUGUAUAUCCCAAUUCUGAAGAACCAAUAACAAAGGAAGAUAAAACAAAAUUAUUAAUAGCUUAUUUAAAAGACAAAAAAAAAAAUAAAACACAAGAAAAUAAUAAUACAUCUGAUAAAUAUAUAUUAAAAUAUAAUAUUGAAUAUUUUAAAUUAGCACAGUUUUUUUCUCAAGAUCAUCAUUUAUUUAAUAAUUAUAUAAAACAUGUAGAUAAAAAAUUGUCAAAAAAUAAUAAUAAUGAUAUUAACAGUUUAGAUGAAACAGCUUUUUCUAUUAUUAAAUUGUUCAACUCAAAAAAAAAAAAUAAUCUUUCGACAAAAUAUGAAAACAAAAACAUUUCUGAGAAAAAUACAAUUUUUAACAAUAUUGAAAAAAAAAGAAAUCAAAAAAUCAACAUAAAACAUUUACAUGUUUUAAACGAUAACGAAAAUAUAAUAGUUAACAAUUUUAAUAAAAGGGAAACUCAAAUUAUAAAUGAUAAAAGAAAGGAAGUAUAUAAUAUGGUUCAGAAUCCAAAAAAAAAAUCCACUUUUUUGCGUGACAAAAAUGUAACAAAUAACUAUCCAUAUGAUCAUUUGGAUAAUUAUAAAAAAGAAAUCCAUAUUUCCACAAAGGAUAAAUAUGCAGACAAUAAGAAUAAAAAAACACAUUGUUAUAAAAUUAUAAAUAAUGGAAAACCAUCUUUAUUUUACGAAGACCAACCCACAAAAAUGAAUCAAAAUAAUGACAUUACACCAAAUGAAAGAAAACGAAAAAAGAAACAGAUAGUCUUAAAAACAAUUGAUCUUGAAAAAUAUGAAAAAAUUAGUGUUAAAUAA